CUUGUCUUGACUUCUUUUUACAGGAUGCUCGGCCUUUAGAAAUCUGUCUGCCCACCUCUUUUUUCGUUCUUUCGCCAAAGUGAAAACUAGAGGAUCCACCUAUUGCACGUGAUUUAGUUCCCGUGUGUCUGACUUUUGAAGUUACGUUCCAUACGUCUUUCAUGCGAACACAACUGUGCUCCCCCAAGUUCCCGAAACCAUGAUGCCGCCUCUUGGAGGGCCACUGCCCUCGGGUCUCCCGAUGCAGCCCAAUACCGCGCCGCAGCACAGUGUGCAACCGCAGGAAGUACUGCAGAUAUCGAGCAAAUGCAUCGAGGAUGCGUUGCUGCGGGACGAGACGACGCCACUCACUGUCGAGGAUGUGUUUGCCCCAGGCAUGCAAAGGUACGAGAAACAUGAAGGCACCUACGACUCACGCGGGUUCGCCGCACCACCGACCUCUUGGGGAAGCCGCAGCUCGGUAAGAACAUGAACUUUUUUUUAAGUUUUUGAUUUGCGACCAGGCGUUCGCGUUGUUCUACCUGACCGAAAGCGAAAGGUGCCCUAGGGCUGUGUACGUGUACAAAAAUGUGCGAGUUCUUGGAAUUCUAGUUUAGUGUGUGUGUCCGAAAAAAUGUUUUGCCCUCUACCUUCCAACUGAAACUGCAGGGAAGCGCGAGUUUUUCGCUUUCCGGAUACUUCUCGGAGAUCGAGUGCGCGUGGCAGAGCGUCGGGCCGGUGCUGCACUUGUGGACUUCAGACAACCGAUCGAAGGAGUACAUCGGCGUCGACCAGGACAUCCUCGCAGCGGCGGUCGUGCGCGCCAAAUCCUUCCUCGAGGCGGACUUUGUCCUGGUCCUCACGACCGUGUCCGAGGUUUCGCUCCACUCCCUCCGCUUUCGCCCCGACGCGGGGAUCCAGCUGCAAAAGCUGCCGACGUACACGCUGGCGACGGACGACACGAGGAUAAUUCGGAUCGAGGGGGAUCCGCGGUCCAGGAGGAUUUUCAUGGGCGGGCAGGACGGCGGAAUCUACGAGUUCCGGUACACGCGGGAGGACGACCGGGGGUUUUUCCGGAAGCGGGCGGCGUGUGCAAAGCACACAUUGAGGUCCGCCGGGUAUCUACCUGCGUUUCUCUCCAGUUUGUUCGGGUCGUCGAACAACAAUCCGGAGAAGGCGGUGGAGCAACUGACCGUGGACUCGACGAGAGAACUCCUUUACGCCUUACGCAGGGACGUGAUUCUCGUUUUCGACAUUGCGAGCAACGUCGGUGCGAAUAAAUCGGGGUCGAACUGCACGGCAGGGAGCACGUCAAGCGGGUCGGAGCCGAGUCCGGAAGAGGACAUGAACCCGCGGUGCCAUUUCCUCUUCGAGUUUUUCAUCAAGGACAUCAUGGUAAAUCUCCGCCGGCUCAACAUCCCGAGUAUGCUCAGUACCGCGAAGCCGAUCCCGGGGAUUCGGUUCCCCGAUCCGAAAAAAGUGUUUGAUCCGAAUGGGAUCAAAAAGGGCUUGGAGGAGGAGGAAAAGAGCGCCGCGGGGAUGUCCGCGAUAAAUACCAUGUCCAUGCAGGGCGGAGGCAGUUUGCUCGCGAGUACGGCAAUUCCGAUGUCAACGAAUAGCACUGUUGGAGGUCUCCAAUCGCAGGUUUCCACCGGAGGUGUCAUACCAGGAUCAUCAGGGGCAGGAGCGCCAACCUCAACUGUGAACAACGGAGGAAAUACGAAUGAGCAAAUAAAACCUCCUGCUGGCACUGUUGACAGCAAGACGCGCGUCCAGGACGCAGUGACUGCGAUGAAAGUCAAUAACAGCAUCGUGAAGAUAUUUCCGAUGAUUCGCACUGCGGGUUGGGAGACGCAGGUUCCGCCGCAUGGGCAAAAUUCUGUGAGGCAGCAAAUCGCAGGGAUCAGUAUGGCGCAGAGAACAAGCAUGCAGUACGAAGCAACGGACUGCGUGUUGCAGGCGGUUUGCCGCGACGGGACGAGGAUAUUUUUCAAUGGGAGCUUUGUUGUCAAACUCGCGUUCGGUCAGCGAUCCGCUCCCUCUGAUCGGAACGGGCAGUCCCGCGCUGCGCAGCAAAGGCUGCAAGUUGCCCACGGUGCCGGCAUGCCGACGGCGGACGCCGCGUUGCACCACUUAGUAGAGGAGGCAAGACGAGGACAUUCGAUCUCGACCGCGCUCCGGAACAUCAAAAUUGGACACGCGCAAGCACCGCCGGUCGACGUGUUCCCCUGGGAAGACGGGGGGAAGGACAACAUGCCGUACCUGGUAAACGACGCUUAUUCACUUUCCGGUGUAACCCUUCUCUGCGUCCGACCGACCGUGAAGAGGAACUUGGCCCAGGUGCAGCUACUCAUGCGCGCGCACGUCAGCAGCAAAGCAAGGGAUAAGUCCGAGUACGUUGAUGAACUACAACAGCAGAACCCCGGAGCAGGUUUGGAUGGAGACGCGCCGAUGGUCGCGAAACGGGACGGAAGAAGGGGCAUUUUUGACGACAAUCUAGAUUUGGCGUCUUUGGAAGCCGAUCAACACCUAAUCGACGAGGACGAUGAGCUCUGCAGCAACCGACUGCUCUGCAUCUCCACAGACAUGCGCUCGAUAUCGCAGCGGGUGGCGAGCCGCACGCCGUGGACUCUGCGGGGGUUACCGUCAGAGCGGUACGAUAUUUUGCCGCUCCACCCGAACGGUUUCGCGGCCGAGAUUUUCUCGAUCGGUGAGCUGGCUUUAGGCAGCAAACUCACGGAUCCAGUCUACACGGGAAGCACGGAUCAGCAGAGCCAGGGCGCACAAUUCAUGAGCUUCGGUGGUGCGAAGAGCAGCGCCUUUGCUGGAGCAGACAAGAAUGGAGUAGGGAAGGAACCCAGCAAGUUUUUCCAGAUUGGUGAAGUCACGGAAUCUAGCAUCGUCCCAGCUAUGGGGGCACCGGAACAGUCUCAACUCGUUCCUGCAGUUCCGAUGCAGCCCCCUGUUGCAUAUCCGUUUUCAAGCGCUAUGGGCGGUAUGGUAGAUCAGGGAGCCGAUUUUUUCAACAAACAGCAGUCUUUUGCAACAAAUGCCAGCAGUGGUGCCAACAUGCAAAGUGGCGGCAACAGCUCCGGAUUGCGAUUACGCCCAACUUGGAAAAAGCAAGAAGAGACACCGUUUUUGCAAUACUCCCAGCUAUCCGAGCUCUGCACGCAGCAAGCGCUGGAGUCCCGGCAGUUCUACCUCUUGACCUCAGAGGGCAUCCUCUUCCUGCAGCGGCUUCGGCCCGCGGAGGAGUUGAUGCGGGACCUGGUGAUCGCGAAUUCAAGCAACAACAUCGAGCAGUCCUUCGAACAGUCGGCGGCGCAGUUUUUCGAAUCUUACACAGCAGAGGAGGGAAUGGCCGUGUGUUUCCAAAUCGCCAGUGGGGCUGCAAAUUUGAACACGGCUGCGUGUUUGCGACGAGGUGGCGGCUUGUUUGGUGGUCCGAGCGGAAAAAACAGGGGAUUUGGCGGCGGUCUUGGAGGCGCGCCGCGACCCUUGACAGAUUUGGGCAUGUAUGCGGGUCAGCAUGCGACAACUUUGGCGACACCCGGCACGGUCAAAGCUUUGGAACACGUCGGAAGACCGCCCGAGUCAUUCGCCAGUGUGAGGAAUCGAGCUCUUGCGAACGCCGGGAUCGAAGAUUUGAAUUACAGUAGCAUGACAUCGGGGAUGCGCGGGUUUUCUUCCGCUCUUCCCUCAGCUUUCCGCAAGAAGCAGCAGCAGCUCGGGGCCGCGAGUAGUCCCGGAUUGGCGCCGAUGAUCACGGACACUUCUGGCAUGGCGACACCAACAAAUCGGCAGCUCGCGUUAGUACAACAGCCCGCCCAAGUAGACGCGUACAUGCGCACGGGGGUCACACCAGGAACUACGGCGAGGCAAAGAAGAAAAAGCGACAUGAUGAUGCAGCUGGCCAUCGCGGAACCAGUACCGGAAGAUCCGUUCUUCAGCAGCCACCAGCUCGCGGUGCAGAACCAGAUACAGCAAGCCAUCAACGAUGAAAUUGACGACGUGUGGAGCAGCGCAGGCUGGCACCCGGAUCUGACGUCUGCCGCGAGCGCCGCCGAACGCAUGCUGUUUACCACGGAAGCGGCCCUUCGCGUUGGCGGAUUGGUGGUUUACGAUGCGAACUUCCGGGUUGCUAACAAUCUUCCUGGAGGACAACAGCUGCCCGGACCCGGAGUGCCGAAUAAUCCGCAGCAGCUGAACAUACCUGGUGGCGGUAGACAGCAAACUGCACAGCAGCAGAACGCUAAUAUGAACCAACCCCAAGUCCUUGCGCAGCCGCAGUCGCAAAAUUUCCUCUCCGGAUACGGCUACGUCGUGAGCAGGGGCGCGGAGCAAAGACUCGCAGAAACGUGUCGCGUGCGGGGCUUGAUUCUCUACAUCUCGCGUUUAGUGCGUCCCUUCUGGCUCGUGAAAGUUCUGCAGGUCAUGCAGGUGAAGCAACCGAACUCCUACGUGCCCACGCAGGGAGGCGUGAAGCGCGGUCGCGACGAUUCUUUUCUGUCGGGGCAGAACCAGAAUGUGAAUCGCUUCUCGUCCUACUGCGUCACUUGGCGAAGAAGCGAGCGCGAGUGGUUAGACGCCACUCUGCGCGGUGUCCGGCGAGUGCUCCAGAAGGCCCGACGCACCAACGUCGAGUACUUCGGCGAUGAGCGGGUUUUGUUUGAAGGCAUGAGCACCAUCGUCGAGCGCUCAAUCGGCGUGCUGCAGUUUCUUCACUUGCUCGCGCAGCGGCUCCUGGUGGAAAACGGCCGUCACGAUUUAUCGGGACUAGCACAGCUCCCCUUCCGCGACCUGGUGCAGGGGGACAAUGGCCGUGCCGCGGUACAGCAGCUGGUCAAAGAGGCACCGAAAUUCUUCGAUUGCACGCUGAUAGCGAAGAAGUGUCCGCAUUUGAUUUCCAUGGCCGAGGCUGAAAUUCAGCACGCGUACGAAAUGCUCGAAACGCCCAAUAUCGAUGUUGGCCCCGCGAUCGCACUUUUAGAAAAGAACAUCGCCAUAGUCGACAUGCGGGAAACUGGCUCGCGUCUGCGAGCGCGGGGGUGUAUCAGGACGUUGGUGGAGUUUGCCGCUAGAAAGGCCAAGCAAUUAGAUCCAAACGACGAGGUGAUAAGCAAUCCAAACAGCCAUGUGGCUCUGCACACGACCAGGUUGAGCCUCUACAAUCCGCUUUACAGCGCUUUUGAGGACCUUCUGAUUCGUGCGGAAGGGCGGGUGCCGAUGCGGAGGGGAGCGCAUACGGGCUUUCAUGGUAUAGCUUCUAGGUAGUUUUCGACAUCUGAAUGGUUUUCUAAAAAAUCCUGAUUGAGGGACGAAAUAGUAUGAAUUACACCUGUAGCUACAGCUUGUAGCUCCAUCCUGUAUGACAAGAUCGCGAAGAGUUUGCUAUCGAUCCUCGCUUGAUGAAACCUCUUUCAAAUCAAAUCCAAUGUACAGGUGUCAACGAGGUGCCUCUCAUCAUUCCCGGCAACUUAAACGCCAUCGAAGCCUCGAGCAUUGUCGACAAACUUAUCCAGUACGUUCUCCACACCCCGGACCAGCUCUUGCAGUGCGGUCUUUUCAAGCUCCUUCGCAAGUGGAACUUGCCGAUCUGGGAGCUCGAAUCCCCGUACUUGGAGCCGUUCCUUGUCGGCCAGCGCCCAACGCAGCCCGAAAUGCUGUGCAAAUACUUGCAGGCCAACAAUCGGUUUCUGGACGCGUGUGAGGAGUACCGAGCAAUCGCACGGCUACCCUGGCCCGCGGAUGUGGCCAACGACGCGGGCCCCGUUUACAGUUUAGACGACAGAAUCGGCUUCUUACGAAUUGCGUCCAUGAUCAGUCAGGAUCAGAAUUUGCAGGACGUGCAGGCCAACAUCCAGUUCUUGAUCCGGCAACUCAACUGCCAGAGCACCGCGAAGCUAGAGCUCGAGGACCAGCAGCGGAAAGGAGCUACUACUGCUGCUUCCCUACAGCCGGUGAUUCGCGACGUGCAAGCCAGUGUGCUCGACAUACCGGUGCUGCGCGCCAUCGCCGACAAGUAUCGACUGUUCGUCACGCACAUCGGUAUUUGCUACUGGCACGGGGACACGAGGCAUUUGCGGCACUACGUGGACAUUGCACUGCGAGAGAACUUGCAGGUGAACGGCUUUCCGGACGAAGCGAAAGAUUUUGUCACGCGGCUAUCCGGAGCGUAUUUGCGCGCACGGGACAACCAAAUGCCGGGAACCAUGGGCAUGGACUUUCGUGUGAAUCAGUUCGCGAACCAACAUGCGAUAACCCAGCAAGUCGAAGCGCGGGCACAAAACUCCCUGUUUCUCCCGGUCGACCUGAUUGCUUUGAGGCUCUUCGAGUACACGCAGGCAAGGCAAUCCAGUGUCGUUUUCUGCAUUGAGGUGCUGCGCGAGUGCCUGUUGUCCUGGCCGGAGAUGUACCUCGCCUUUGCGAGCGCGCCGAUACCGAAAUGCACGGCUCUGUACGAGUUGAAGCACAUGAUGCUGCUGCAGUGGCAAGAACAGCUCUCCCUGACAGCGCAGCAGGGGCGAAACGUGGGAGCCGAAAUUAUGGAGUUGCGCAAGUGCUAUCAAGCCCUCACGCAGGAGCUGCAGCAUUUGGGGCCCGCUCAAGUGGGGGAGCAGGUGAUCCGGAACUUGAACCAUCUCAGCGCGCGGAUCGAAACGCUCCCUGUGAAUAUGAACCCAAUGAUGCAAUUCUAAGUAAGCAUCUGCCUCUGCGGGGCGCAUGUGCCUCUCCUCUUGCAUGCUGAAAUUGAAAUGAAUCGUGAAGCGACGAACUUGAAAUAAGCGACACAGGAUUAGAUUCUCUCCCACACGCGCUUGAACCUAGUUCGGCAUUUUGGAUGCGUAGUAUACACGGAAUUUUUCUGAACAAAGAACAUCUCGAAUCUGCAUCCUGCUGUGUUGUACU